AUGGAAUCUACAAAUGAUCCCAGUCAACAGCAGCAACACGGGAUCAAUAUACACCAAACCGAUAGUCUAAUUGGUCUAUGGUGCGGAAUUUUGCGGAUCGUUCGAGCGGAUGAUAUUUUGAUGAUUAUAGCAUGGAUCCUUCAAGCAGUGAAAAUAAUCACCUCCACAAUUGCCAUCUACUGGGGCCUCGGCCGGCACGACUGGGAACUCUCCAGUAAACACGCAUUUCAGAACGCCAUGAGGUUCGAAAUGUUUUCCAUGAUCUUCGGCACUCUAUGCGGAAUCUUCGGUCGAGUAGCGUUCGCAGUCUUCUUGCUGUACUUCAUUCAACGAGUUUCUCGCCUCCGGACAUAUCUAGUCUGGGCCAUAAUUGUGUUGCAGGUGGUGAUCAAUGUGUUAUUUUUGGCUAUUGUUCUGGCACAAUGUGCGCCGUCAGUGACUGGGUCCUGGGAUUCGGGAUCGUGUCGGACGUCGGAGUCGGUGUUGGUGAUUGAAUAUUUGCAGGGUGCCAUCAAUGCGGCAUCAGAUAUUUGCCUCACUAUCCUCGCGGUGGGCUUAGUCCUGCAGAUACGUGCUCCGGGAUAUAUUAAGGCAGGUCUUGGUGUCCUGAUUUCUCUCAGCUUAAUCGCCACUGUUGCUGAAAUCGUCGAUGCCGUCGAAGGUAGCCAAACCAGACAGGAAGGCUCUGAUCUUGCAUAUCGUCUCAAUAGUUGGAAUUACUGGUAUGCGUAA